CGGAGAUUUAUCACAAUUCUGGUCUGGCAACAUGCAACAGCAGCAGGCGCCGCACGAAGUAGCAGAGUCCUGCUUCCUCCAGCUGUACGCCGAAGCUGUUCGGUCCAUGGUGGAGCGGCACCCGUCGACGGCCGAGAAAGCUCCCGAGGACGCGUGGGCUCCCAGCGACGACUUGACGGCAAAGCUCGAAGCGUUUGGGUAUGACGUCGGGUAUCGCUUCGUGGAGCGGUUUUCCCGCGACCGGCCGCGCUUGUUGGAGCCGUUGGACGUGAUCAAGUUCUUGUGCAAGGACUUCUGGAUCCACAUUUUCAAAAAGCAAAUCGACAAACUUCAGACCAACCAUCGGGGGGUAUUUGUCCUGCAAGACUUCAACUUUCGUUGGAUCCAAGCCUUGUCGGGCGAACAUGACGCUGAGUCCAAGCAGAAAGCGCUCGUGUUCCUCGUCUUCCCAUGCGGAUUGCUUCGAGGCGCGUUGGCCAACCUUGGCAUUCUCGCCAUUGUCAACGCCGACCUCAACGCUGUACCAGGCUGCGUGUUCAACAUUAAACUGCGAUAAGCAACGACACAUAUCCUGUGCUUUGCCGCUGUCUUGUCCAAUGGAUACAUAUCGUGACCAAACUACUUGCUAUACAUCCCCAAAUUCGUGGGAUUUCAUAUAUAUAUAUAUAUAUAGAUUGAUGGUAACA